AUGCCUAUCAUACACAUUGUUCUGUUUGAAUUCAAACCCGUGACUACACAUGCACAAGUCGAAGAUGUCUGCAAACGAAUGCUAGCACUACAAGACAAGUGCAUACACCCAGAGAGCAAAAAGCCCUAUGUCAAGUCGUAUGGCGGGGGCAGGGACACAAGUCCUGAAGGACUUCAAGGAGCCUUCAACCACGGCUUCGUGAGCGAGUUCCAGAACGAAGAAGACAGGAAAUACUACUUGGAGAAGGAUCCAGCGCAUUUGGAGUUCGUGAAGUCGCUAGAGGGGAUAAUUCAGAAUGUCCGAGUCGUUGAUUUCGAGCCGGGCAAGUUCUAG